UUCAUAUCUUUCUGUUCUCACCUCAUCUUUCCUCUUGUUAUUCCCCCCUUUUUGAAGAACAUUGGAGAUUUGGCGAAUUUCUAGGAGAAAGAACAGCAUUGAACCCAAAGAAGCUAUACCUAGUAGAGAAGUGCUCGAGUUUUCAACAUGGCCGCCGAUAUCCCUAUCAUCGACGCCCACAUCCACCUCGUCCCGGAGUCAGAGCUUGAGACGUUGGCGUGGUGGAAGCCAGACGGCGCCUUACAAGGACAGCUUUCGGUGGAACAAUAUCGGACUGCUACCGGUGACUCGACGCCCAAAGGCUUCAUAUUCUUGGAGACAGACCGCAAGAAUGACCUAGAGGCCGGGGAGAAGGAUGGUAGCGGCUGGAAGUACCCCUUAAUGGAGGUCUCCUGGGUGAAGCGCAUCAUCACCGGCCAACCGAAACCGGGCGAGGGCCACACUGCGGAAGACGCUUCGUUAUGCGUCGCCUAUAUCCCUUGGGCGCCGAUGCCGAGUGGGGCUGAAGUGAUGGAGAAGUAUAUCGACCUAGUGAAGCAGGAAGCCGGCGAGAGCUGGCCCAAGGUUAGGGGUUUCAGGUAUUUGCUACAGGACAAGCCGAACGGGACCAUGCUGCAGGACAAGUUCAUCGAAAGCUUGAAGCUGCUGGGCCGCAAGGGCCUCGUCUUCGACCUAGGCGUCGACCAACAUAACCGCGGCCGGGCCCAGCUAGAGGAGGUUGUCGAGAUGAUCGAUCGCGCGCAUGAAGGAGUCCCCGAGGACCAAAGAGUCACUUUUAUAAUUAACCACAUGUGCAAGCCAGACCUCACGAUCUACAACGUGCAGACGAGCCCGUCCUUCAUCGCCUGGCGCACGGCCAUCUUCACGCUCAGCAAGUGCAGCAAGACGUACAUGAAGCUCUCGGGCGGCUUCCCGGAGAUGCCGGACUCGCUGAAGCAGCGGUCGCCCGAGGACAUCUUCGACGCCAUCAGCCCGUGGCUGAGCGUCGUGCUGGCCGCCUUCGGCGCCUCCCGCAUCAUGUUCGCCAGCGACUGGCCCGUGUGCACCGUCGGCGUCGGCGACGACGCUUGGCAGAAGUGGAAGAAGAUCGUCGACAGGCUGUGCUGGAUGGCCUCGUUCGAAGACGAGGAGAAACGCAUGAUUUGGGGCGGCACGGCGUUGAAGGCGUACGGUAUUGAGGCGUGAUGAUGAUAUCCGUGAUACGACAUAUAUACCUAAGCAGUCGAUUUAUUGAGGGGUAUGGGAUGCGGAAAUGUGGAAUACUAGGACUAUUUUCGGCUCGUCUUGCAUUUAGCAAACAAGUAUUUGACCUACCUACCCACUCGAAAAAGGCGAGGUAUGCACAUAUAUCAAUAUAAUCAAAGAUUGUUAAGAGCUUCCUAUGUUUUACUGCGUAAAGAUCCAUUACUGCUAAAUUUGGUUCUUCGAUAAAAUUAGCUUUUCUACAAAUCAUAAGAUUUUAAUAGUAUUAGAUAUAUUCAACCACAUCAUGAUAAUGGUAUUCAUGGAUGUGCCAAUUUCCAACAUUAGACUCGUAAGGCUUCAAUGUUCAGUAUUCGCUCCGUCUAGAAAACGCC